AUGCUUGAAAAGGCGGCCUGCCGAGCUACCCUUACGCUCUUUGACUCCACUAAGGCUUGUUCAUCUAAGUGGUCUCCAUGCCUUGUGAUUUGGUUUACUGCAAUAGCCUUCGAUCCGCCGGGCUGCGGUCUCAGCAUUCCUCCCGCCCGCGACUGGAGUGAUCCCGAAGUCCUGCUACAGGAUGCCCGAGUUGGGGUGAUGCUGAUGCAUCAGUUGGGUCAUCUGCCCUUCUCCUGUGUCGGUUGGUCAGAAGGCGCCCAGUCAGCUCUCCUGGCAGCCUCGGAACUUAAUUUUGACGUAGAUCUUUCACUGGUGUCCCCGAUGAAAGAAAGUCGUAAUUGCAUGGAUAGAAACAGUUAUUUCCUGGAGAGUUUUAAACGCGUGAAAAAUCUAAAUUCAAAUAUUCAGACUCGAUUCAAAGCCUCGUCGUCUGGUGUUUGGAGGAAGACACUGCUGCAGCGGAUAUAUCUGAGACCACUGGUCGUUUUGCCGGAAGCUCCUUUAAUCUGGAAUCCUGGCCAGACAGCCGACGUCUCCCGCUACAGGCUCUCUAUGGCAAUCAAUACCUACGAGAUAGCUGGAAGGCCUACGCUGAAGCGAAAGCGGUCCAUCGGAUGCGCUCUGCAGACCUCCACUCCCUUCCGCGGCGUCUCGGCCAAAUGCCAUUACUCCACAUUGGGUCUCAGUUAA